GCAUGGGGUAUGAGGAAGAACCGGUAAAUAAUAAGUCGUGUGAGUCAAGUCAGAGGCGCCGGUUACUUAGGUUGUUUCAGUCCAGCUCGUUUCUAACCGGAAACAGCCGCCUCAUGGCGGACUUCACCGCGAACAGCGGCCGACAAGCGGAACAACACGACGGGACCAACAGCAGUGGUGUCCCCGGGGAGCCUGUGUCGGCCGCGGUGACGGUGCCCUGGGGGCUCCGGUCCUCAAACCUCCACCAGAGGAGAAAGCUCGUGCUUCACCUGGACCUGAACAGCACCGUGGUGGUGUCCGACUCUGUGACGGGGCAGGGCACUGUGGCUGCUCUGGACUACUUCCUCACCACCUGCACCUGGGGAGAGAUCAACAAACACGGAAAAUGGGAAUGGCUGAGUGACUCACCGUCCCUGUUCCCACCCCGCAAAGAUGCAGUUCGUUACUCCGACCAGUUUGGACGGAUGCCUGGUUUCACCUCUGGUGUGGGACAACGUUUCCGUGGAGUUCGCGAUGAACAUCUGGAUCAGCUGCGCUGGCCCGAGGGUGUCAAGGGAGACAGCGAGCUGUCUGUCAAAGGAGAGGACGGACGGCUGUACCACUGGAUCCUCCCGUCCUUCUUCCAGCUGCUCAAAGACCUGGUGCAGGAAGGAUGGGAAUUUGCCAUCCUGUUUCGAACGUUUGGAUCAGACCUACCUCGUGUGCUGAGAGCUGUGCACAGAGCACUGAAUGAAGGGGCUCAUCCACUGUUCCCUGAUCUGCCUGAUCUGAAGAUUAAUGUGAAUAUGACUCCAGGCAAGAUCCGCUGUAGCAAGAAGGGAAUCGUCCUGAGUCGAGCCGAGGACCGCAUGUCGUCUCAAGAUGGAGAGAGGGGCCUGUAUCAGUACCUCAGCUCAGUCCAGGGCCUGGGGGGCUUUCAGGACCACUUUGAAUGGUGGUCGACUAAUACCUUCUCCAUCCGUGGGGGGAAGCCACUUUGGGUCGACCCAUUUGACCAGAACGUUCAGCACAUUUUCAUAGACGACAACAUUCGACAGAAUGACGAGGAAACCAUCGUUCAGCCCAGGAUUUUCAUGUACGCAGGUGGCGAUGACACUCGUCUAGCCUGCACCUCUGAGCUGAACGACAUCACCUUGGUCCAGAACGACCUUCUCCGGGCCAUCUCUGACCGCAACUAUUUCACUGAGCGUGUCAACAUCUGCCUGGAAAACUAUGAGAGGAAUCUCCAGCAGGGGGCAGGCUAGGACACACUUUGUCUCUAUGACAGACUCCAGCAUGGGGUACAAGAAACCAAGACACUACACCAUCCCAGCACAGACUGAGGAUGGAGACACAGUCGACUCUAGGCAGGAUUAUUUAUACGCACUGUUUGAAGACUGAAACACAAAUGUAGGAGAUUAUAUCUGGGGGAAAGUUACUUGAAUCAAAGAAGGAUUACUGUUCUUAUCUUAAGAACAGAGCUUGGAAAAAAUGCAAGAUAAGUGUGGUUUAAAUAGCACCCACUUCAUAACUCCAGGACCGCAGCAAUGUCGGCUCAUAAAAAGAACACUUGGGUUUGACUUCAUCCACUGUCCUGAGCUGACUGACGCAAAUAGAGGUGCAGACUUCAUGGAGCACUGAAGUGGCCAGGGCAGUUUAAUAUGCACCAAAGGCUCUGAGCUGGACAGCUUAUCUGGAGUCAAUUAUACUCAGAGGUGUUGCAUUAGUUGUCUGUAGAGUAUUUAUUAUACUCAGAGUCUAACUCCGUUUUUAUUUGAUGUCCGUCAGUGUCUGCAUUGUUUACAUCUGCUCGGAACUGAGAGGUGAUACUUGAAUAUUUCCAGUCGACUGAAGAAAGCAUCUGAUUACCGGGUAUAACUAUGCAGCUCAGGGUGAUGCUUCAUAAUGAAACUGUGAGCUAGAUACCAUCUGGUGUGACUAAGAAUCACAAACCGCCAUGUUACAUUUAUAAGAGGUGAUGCCAUUUGUACAACCCCAUAUGAGAAAAAGAUGGGACGCGAUGUUACAUUUACACAUCAAACUGAGAAGAGUGAUUUAGAAAUGAUCUUUGUCCUGUAAAAACAAUACAGAAGCACAUUAUUUGAUGUUUGACCGCAUUCAUUUUUUUUCUAUUUUCAAAAUAAAUACUUAUUUUAAUUUAGAUUCUUUCAACACAUUUCAAAAAAAGGUUUGGAUGGUAAGGCAUUUACCACUUUGUAAUGUUGCCAUUCCGUUUCACAACAGUGAAAACACUUUUAGGGACUCAAAACACACCUGUUGACAUCACCGUUUUCAAAUCACUUUUUUAAUUAUUCCACCUCUUUAAUAGCCCUAAAUUACCCUGUCCCCACUUUAUUUGGAACAUGUUGCUGGCCUGAACGGAUUUAUAUUUACCAGUUUGACCAGACAAAACAUAACGUAUGUAAUGGUCAUUCUGUCUGCAAUGAAGUACAAGUCAAAUUAAAUUUACAAAUCACUGCUUUCUUUAUUUUUCAUACCGUCCCAUAUUGUUGGGGUUGUACAUGUAGUCAGUUUAGAGGACUCUAUAUCUCUGAUGCAUUUCUUCUGAGCAGUCUGAUCAGAGGAAGUAAUGUCUUGUUGAAGGUCUGACACACAAUAUGUGUUUUUUACUACAGUUUUGAUUGAUUAACAGUAUUUGCAAUAUUUUAAACACUUGAUUGUGUUGUUGGAGGUGAAUGGUAAUAUAUAUAGAAUAUAUAUAUAUAUAUAUAUAUAUAUAUAUACUUUUUGAGAUGUAUUUAUUUUUAAGCUUUCAGGGAGGUUUUUAUUUACUUUGUGUUUCUCACGUGAGAGACAUGAAUGGAAACUAUUGAUGAUUUAAAGAAAUGUAAUCAAAGCACCAUUGAAAGUGAUGAUACAAGGCUUUUCAGGUGUGUGUGUGUGUUUCUAGUAUUUGUGUGAGCAGCACUAUGUAGCAGUCUGUUGGCAGUGAGCCUUCCCUCUGUGGACUGAGUUGUACAGGUCUUCUUCUACGUCCUCAGAUACAGCAGUGCUCAGCAAAUGGGUCAAAUCAUGUGUCAAGUUCAUCACCUGUUUGUCAAUUUCUCUUCAAAGUAAAAACACAAUGCUCUGUUUUUUACUGCAAUGCUUUAUAUUGAGUUUUUAUUUUGAACAGUGGUGAACUUGGGUCUCAAGAUUGAGUUGAUUACUUAAAAGACCUCUGAAAUAGUGACAUGCAGAGUAUGAAGCACUGACAGCAGUUCAGCAAUGAGAAUGAGCUGGUGAUGUAGAGAGCUCCACUGUGUACUAGAUGAUAUGUUGUGGUUCUAAAAACACUGUCAUAACAAUCAAACCUCAUGAUCAUCAUCAAGUGUGAUGAUGUUUCGCCUCAGAAUGCACAUCACAUGGAAACUAGAAAUAUUUACUUUUCUCAUGUCAAAUAUUUACAUGUACUAUUAAAUAAACCUAUAAAGUUUUGUGUUAAUAAAA